CGCACACGCUGGCAGGCGCGGGGCGCCGGCGCCCCAGAUGUGCGAGCUCGCUCGGCCGGGCUUUGCGCUCCGCCCGGCCGCCGCCUUGCAGCGCCGCGCCCGUAGCCGCCGCAGACACUUGCCUCGCUCCUCCGCGCCAUAAACUUUUGAUGCCAGCGCCCGGCAGAACGUGCCCGGCUGCGUCGGAAAGUAGCAUCUGCUCGGGCGAGGCGGGGCCGAGCCGUCGGUGACCUUCAGCCCUGCGCCUCCGCCUCGCUCCCCGCCCCGCGGCCGCCGCCUCCCCGGGGGAGCGCGCAGGAAGCGCCUUUCGGCUGCGGGAGGGGGCACCCGGGUCCGGCAGGAGCCGAGCGAGCACCGGCGGGCUCCGGAGAGCCCCGACUUCGUCUCCUCCUCCUCGCGCCCCGCAUCCCGGCUGGCGUCUGGCUUGCUCGGUCCCCGGCCUCUCGGCGCGCGCCCUCCAGCCUCCCUCGGCCUUUCCCAGACCCGCCCCCGCGCGGGCCGGGGCGCACCAGGACCACGCCGCUGCCCGCCGGAGUUCUGGGAAGUUGUGGCUGGCGAGGAUGGGGGUCAGUGGGUACCUGUUCCAGCCCUGGAAGUGCCUCGUGGUCGUGUCUCUCAGGCUGCUGUUCCUUAUACCCACAGGAGUGCCGGUGCGCAGCGGAGAUGCCACCUUCCCCAAAGCUAUGGACAACGUGACGGUCCGGCAGGGGGAGAGCGCCACCCUCAGGUGUACCAUAGAUGACAGAGUGACCCGGGUGGCAUGGCUAAACCGCAGCACCAUUCUGUAUGCUGGGAAUGACAAGUGGUCCAUAGACCCUCGCGUGGUUAUCCUGGUCAACACCCCGACCCAGUACAGCAUCAUGAUCCAGAACGUGGAUGUGUAUGAUGAAGGCCCCUAUACCUGCUCUGUGCAGACAGACAACCACCCCAAAACCUCCCGGGUCCACCUCAUCGUGCAAGUCCCUCCCCAGAUCAUGAAUAUCUCCUCAGAUGUCACCGUGAAUGAGGGGAGCAGCGUGACACUGCUGUGUCUUGCCAUCGGCAGACCUGAGCCCACAGUCACCUGGAGACAUCUAUCAGUCAAGGGCCAGGGCUUUGUGAGUGAAGACGAGUACCUGGAGAUCUCCGACAUCAAACGGGACCAGUCUGGCGAGUAUGAGUGCAGCGCCUUGAACGAUGUGGCUGCGCCUGAUGUACGGAAAGUCAAGAUCACAGUCAACUACCCUCCCUAUAUCUCCAAAGCCAAGAACACAGGCGUAUCGCUGGGUCAGAAGGGCAUUUUGAGCUGUGAAGCCUCUGCGGUGCCCAUGGCUGAAUUUCAGUGGUUCAAGGAAGAUACCAGGCUCGCUACUGGCCUGGAUGGGGUGAGGAUCGAGAACAAAGGCCGCAUGUCCACCCUGACCUUCUUCAAUGUUUCAGAAAAGGAUUAUGGGAAUUACACAUGUGUGGCCACGAACAAGCUGGGGAACACCAAUGCCAGCAUCACACUGUAUGGGCCUGGAGCAGUCAUUGACGGUGUAAACUCGGCCUCGAGAGCGCUGGCCUGUCUCUGGCUCUCAGGAACCCUCUUUGCUCACUUCUUCAUCAAGUUUUGAUAAGAAACCCUAGGUCCUCUGAGCAACGCCUGCUUCUCCAUAUCACAGACUUUAAUCGACACUGCGGAGGGCAAACCAGUUGGGCUUCUUUUUUGUUGUUGUUGGUUUCUGUUCUUGAUUUUAUUUUCAUUUGGAGUUUUGUUCAGUUGGUUUCUUUGAUUUUCUUUUUCCUAUUUGAAUGAGCAGGGUUGGGGUGGGGGAGGUGGGCUGGGUUCUACCACGUGUAGGAUAAUCCUUCAUUGGUGUGUCCAAGAAAUAGAAUCUGUUCUGCCACCUUAGCCCCUCGCCUGCCUCAGCCAUUCUCCCACCAUCAUCAACCCACCCCCCUCAACUAUCCCCUUGCCCAAAGCUCAUCAAAUCAGAAGCUCUAUUUGGGCAAAAAAAAAAAAAGAAAGAAAGAAACACAAAAAAAAAUGUGCCUCAAAAACACCCUGAAGACACAAGUUGACUUAAAAUGAAGUGCAAAGCAAGAGUGAUAUUUAAGUGUCCUAGCACCUGUGUCUUUCAGCUUUGGGCCGUUUUCCUGAUGAUAAUGUACAUAUCCCACCCUCAUUUGAUUAUUCUCUAAUGCUUAAAGGUUCACAGUCUCUCUUUCUGGGAAGUUCUUCCCGUAAAUUCAUAGAUUGUUCACUGUACCCUCUCCUCCCCGUUUUCACUCUUCAUCAGCGACAGGAAUUAGAGGUUCAGGUUAUUAUACCCAACCCCAAUGGGAACAUUUUGAAGUCAAGUGACCAAAAUGGAGGGAAGCAUUUGAGAAUACUCCUUGUCUUUUAAUUACACUGUUGAAUUCAUAAAAAACAUAAAAGUGAAAAAGAUCCAUAGAUGGCUGAUUACAUAGGUUCUCACAAAUUCUCUCUGCGAGUAAUCAUAUGGCUAUCCUUUCCCUCAUUGUCUGCUUUAAUUCUCCAUCCAGCUUUAUGCCUACCUGUCUUUCUUUUUAGAAUCUGUUCACUGUUUAUCAUUCUCCCUAUGGAAUAAUAUGACCUUUAUUUCUCUUUCGCCCCACAACACACUUGCAACUCAUCCCCAUGUUAAUCUCUGACGGUUCUGUGUCUCUUCCACUGUAUUCAUUUCUCUACCUUUAGUAGACACUGGCCUCUUCCGACUCACCUAACAACUUCUCCUGUGAUAGCCAAUGAUAUUACAGGCAAACAAUAUACAAAAAGCAAUAUUUCCUAAACUCUUUGGGAUAUCAGAUUCCCUGUACCCAAAGUCGACACUGUUGACAGAUGGACCAAAGUAGCAAUCAAACGAUCAACCACAUGUUCUUCCCAGAAAACCAGAAUUUCCAAGUGGAAAGUGGGUCAGCCCCCCAAAACACCUCCACUCUUGUUAUGUUUUUUUUCUUCCACAAUUGAAGGACUAAGAUGUCAACCUUCAUGCUUCCCCCAACCUUACCAGAAAGUGAUUGCGAGGAACCUCUGGAACCUGCCCCAUGGCUGAUGACUUUCUUUAAGAACAAGGCCAUAAGAGAAGAAAAAAACACACGUGGCUGUCUCUGCAAGGGGAAGAAAGCAAUGUGCCCAUCUGAGUGCAAGGACUUCAGCUAUUGUCCCCUCUCUGCUCCAGCUUUGGUUUCAUCUGUUUGAAAAUCAUCCAGUGCAAAGCUAAUGGAAGCCAAUUACAUGGUGGGUGUGUUGACAACUCUGGUGUUUGUUUCAGGAAGCUCUUCUGAGCUGAGGGCACUUGAGCAACUGACUUAAUUUCCAAGCACUUGAUUAACACAACACUGCAAACAGAAGGGGGAAAGUGUAAGCGACAUAGGGCUUCCUCAGAAACACAUAGCUUCUUCAGCAGCUUCAAACAAAAACGUGCUUAGUUCUCCAGGUUUGCCAUGGGUCCAGAAACCACUAGUUUUUCUGUGUCAGCUCCUAGGACAAGGAGCACUUGGUCAGCAAGGGAACCUAUGAUUAAAGGUAGGACAUUGAGAAACCAUAAAGGCCCUGUUCCCUUGGAACAUUCUUUCAGGUACACAGUCUAAAUAAGAACAAAUGUGAGCUCAUGUCGUUUCCUUCCCUUAGUGCUUUAUUUAUACUCUUCCUCCAAGAUAAGUGGCCUCUUUGUUUUUUGGUUGUUGUUGCUUUCAUCUUUUAUGACAUACACAGUGGGAGAAUAUAUAAAUGCAUAUGGAGACAUAUAUAUGCAUAUAUGUAUAUACAUAUGCAUACACACAUACAAAUGUAUGCGCUGCUUUGGCAUAUACAAAAGACUAGGUGCUGCCACAAGACUUAGAGCUGACUAGAGGGAAAUUAAUAUUACCUUUGCCAGCUGUAAACAGACAUCGGCAUUUCCUACAGAGCUGCCAGGAGCCAGAUUCUGGGAGCCUAAGGGAUGUGCCCAAAGUAGUAUAUGGAUGCCCAGUUCCAGGGACAAUCAUGAGCAGAUGCAAUCUCAGAGGUAGGUGGGACAGCCAGCUUUGGAGGACUCCCACCAUCCACGUGUGUAGCAGAGUUGGUGUCAGACAUCAUGAGAAGUAAAUGCGCAUGUGAGUCCUCUGCUGGUCACGGGCAGCUUUCUCUGGAGUACAGCCCAGCAUGGAGGUGGUGGAGAGAGCAUGAUCUUGGAGAACACUGUACUUGAAAUGGACGAGCUGAGAGUGUUCUUCCACUUGAGACAGUUCAAGAGAUGUGUCUGUUCUCCUUGGAUAGAAAGAUGACGAGCAUUUGGAAACCCAAGGCCACCAAAUCUCCGAGUCCCCCAGUACUCUGCACUACUCUGUUACAGAGACUCUAGGAAGCCCCUCAACCUGCCACACUCAAAGGGAAAAAUGAAUCCUACCAUCAGUUCUUACCUGCCUGGGAUAAAGAAAACUUAGUAAUUUACACACCAGGAAACCCAGAGUCUGAAAAAGGAAAUGACUUUUUCUCUUCUGUGAUUGGUUACACGGUGGGGAUGACUUCAUAGGAAAGUAGCUCUAACCCAGUCCUUUGAAGAUGAACCAGCCAAUGCUUGCUGCAGACAACAACCACUUACAUGUGCUAUGACAGCUAGAGCUGUGGAGGGCAGAUUAGCCUGCUGGAUAGAUGAGGUUUCCAAAACAUUUUUUCCCAAAAAUAUGUCCAGUAGGGAGAGUGGCUAAGGCGGGAAAAGAAACACGUCUCCCAGCCACCUCUAGCUCUUCAGUGGUUUUCCACAAUGAGAGAAAACCAAAUAAAGGCAUAUGGCAAUAUGGGACGAGGGGGAGUCAGCCACGUAGUUCUGAAGCCUUUCCUUUCCUGAAACAAAGUGAAUCUGUCCUUCCGCCAAAGUAAUGCCAAUGAAAGUGCUCGUGUUAAGCCUCUGGCCUCGCUUGUUUUUUGAAGUUUAAUGUCAAGUGCCUGAUACAGUCAUCUGCAAGUCUGAGCAAGUGCAUUUAGUUUUUCUCAUUCUUGUUUGAAGGGGGGAGGGGUGGGAUGUGUGGGGGGUGGGUGGGGUUGGUGCAAACGUGAGCCUUGUGCAUCGUGGUUGUCCCGCAACUGUACGCAACACAAUGGCAGAAAAGGUACGACUUUCGAUCUAGAAGAGUUGCAGGUUUCAUUUCCUGAGACCCAUGCCUCACUCUCAGAGAUGCAGUUCAAAGGUUGGAUGGCUUGUUCUUGCUAUCUGGGUCAGACGUGAGCCCUGGGACUGCAGAACUGCACCUGUCAUGACUGAGUUGAAAGUUCUGCUUCUGCAACCAUCUGGGCAAUUUAUUCACAACACAGAGGAGGUCGCAGGUUCUGCCUUUGCCGGACGAACUCCUCUAUGAGGAAAGAACCUUCUCAUGAAACUUUUCUUGAUCCUUUAGCAGGUAGUGGAUCCCAGAGCCGAUUGUUGUGAUAGCAUCAAUAUUGGCUGCGAAUUCUUGCUCACAUUGGAUGUUGCCCAUGCCACCAGCAGUGUCUUCUGCUCUGUGGUGGGUGAGACAGCAGGGCUGUGAUCAGUCCUACAAUGGAAGGUGGAGAGAAAUGGCUCAAGAUGAGGGGGUAAGGGAGUGGCUCUGGCAUUCCUCUAGCAUGGAGUCAGCCCCUGAUAAACACUGGUUUUGUGAUAUCUGAAAUCACCUUCUGUCAAUAAAGGAAUGAAUGAAUAAAUAAAUAAAUAAAUAAAUGUCAAAAUCAAGCAGAGCAAAAUUCAAUACUGUGGGAAUCAAGGAAAGCAACAUCAGGCUUUUUUAUUUUUUGGCAGAAUUCACUUCCCCCUUUCUCUCCAACAAUAAGAGCCUUUUGUUUGCAUUUUGCACCAGUCUUAUUCCUAGGUGCGCUUCUACUCAAUUGCCUCCCCUCCCACCGUCCAGAGCUUCUCUAUCUUUUUCUUUUAAGACAAAUAUGUUUGAGUCGCUGCCAUCAAACUUCACAGGUGUGUAAGGAGGAAGGCAGCAUUUUCCCUGAUUCCAUAUGAUGAGAACGCCUAAUGAUUGUGAAAGGCAAACAAAUAAAAAUAAAUAUGCCUGUCUCAUUUCCCUUACUUCUUCCUUCAGAGAAGAGAAGUAAAUGAAAGGAGGAAAAGAUAGAUUUGCAAUUAAAAGAUGUGGCAAAAGAGAGAGAGAGAGAGAGAAUGCUGAACCAGUGCAAUUCAGUCUUCAGGUGCAGCACGUCCUGGUGUCCAGAAGGAACGUAGAUGGAUUUAAUCAGACCCAUUGUCUUCAUCUUGAAAUUAGCCAUCCCUGCCUAAUUUUCAGUACUUUCCAAGAGAUUCCUUUUUGUUCUUUCCAUGGCGCCCCUUUAAAAACACAGUUGUUCCCGUUAUUCCCCUGCCACUGAGUGGAGAGAGAAAGCGUGUGAACCCUCUAUUCUGCCCUCUGGGGGCCACAACUUACACGAUUGGCAAAUUUAUUAAGAUAUCCAUAAUAGCGGUGGUAAGUGACAAUAGCUGCCCUUGUGUUAGUUACAGGGAGCAUUUUGUGACAUGUUCGGUGCAGUUGUGAGGAAUGCGUGGGUGUACGAAAAUGUGUCUGUCGACUUCAGAGUCCUCUGAAAAAAAUAAAUUAUGACUUCGCAAUGGUGCGUUCUAGCUGUGUCAGACAGUGGCUGUGCCCAUUAUCACAAUUAUCCUUAACACAAAAAUCUAUGUUCAAAUGCUUUAAAAAUUUAUCACAUGAUGCAAGAGUAUAACUUGAUCAGCCUUCUACAGUUCUCUCUUUGUUUCUUUUCUUUUCUUUUUUAAAAAAAAUCAAUAAAGACUUGAUUUCUGUCAAUAAUUGUAUUAAGGGUGAAUAUACUACCUGAAUUUUGUGCAUGUUACAUUGUAGUUGUAACCUUUUCUAAUUCAGGAUGAAUACGAGAUGGUUGUGAUUUGUGCAGUGUAUCAAUAAAGUUUGAAGAAAUUUGUAA